AACACUCCUCCUCCCCCCUCACAGCCUGCUCCUUCUCAUCCCUCCCAUUCUCCAUUUCCCUCCCUGACAGGGUGUAAUUGAGUCAAGACAGGAUCAAGUUCCCCGCCUUCCCGUCCAAAAAUCCCGCCAAGGAAGCCGCAGAGCACAAGAAAAUCCAAAGUGGAGCGGGGCGAAGAAAGAAAGCACUGAGUCAUCCAUCCAAGAAGAGGGGAGCGCGCAGCCGCCCAGGCAGGAGCAGCAGCCAGCAGUACCUGGAGCCCGCUGCAGAAACCUCGCCCGCACUGUGCAACAAAGACAGCGUGGUAGGCAGCAAGGACGUCUGCAAGCCAGAAAAUGUCAUCCCAACAGUACCAGCAGCAACGUCGGAAAUUUGCAGCAGCCUUCUUGGCAUUCAUUUUCAUCUUGGCAGCUGUGGACACUGCUGAGGCUGGAAAGAAAGAGAAGCCAGAGAAAAAGGUGAAAAAAUCUGACUGUGGAGAAUGGCAAUGGAGUGUGUGUGUGCCCACCAGCGGGGACUGUGGACUGGGUACCCGGGAGGGCACUCGCACUGGCGCUGAGUGCAAGCAAACCAUGAAGACCCAGAGAUGUAAGAUCCCCUGCAACUGGAAGAAACAGUUUGGAGCUGAGUGCAAAUACCAGUUCCAGGCUUGGGGAGAAUGUGACCUGAAUACUGCCUUGAAGACCAGGACUGGAAGUCUGAAGAGAGCUCUUCACAAUGCUGACUGUCAGAAAACCGUCACCAUCUCCAAGCCCUGUGGCAAACUCAGCAAGUCCAAGCCUCAAGCAGAAUCAAAGAAGAAGAAAAAGGAAGGCAAGAAACAGGAGAAGAUGCUGGAUUAAAAGAGGCCACCUUCUGUGGACCAGGAAAAGAACAUCAGCAAACAGGAUCAGUUAACUAUUACAUUUAUACCUAUUGUAGGCUUUUUACUCAACAGUUAUCUGUAGCUUAAGUACAUGAUGAGCAAAAACAAGGAGAAAAGAUUUUUUUUUUGUAGUAGCAUUUUUUAAAGAAAAUACAUACCAUAGUACCAGUAGGGGCUUAUAAUAAAGGACUGUAAUACUGUUUAGGAAGUCAACUGUAGAACAUGAUAGGUGUUAGGAUGAGGUAAGAUUCUUUUUUUUUUUUUUUUUGAAUUUAUGUGAUGUUUCACAUUUAAAUUUUUUUUUGUUUGUUUUUUACAUUUUUCCCCUUCGGCAGCAAUUUAAAAGUUACAACCAUGUAAACUACUUCUCUUCUUAGACUUUUCCCUAGACUUCCCCCUUCCCUGACAAAUUGAGGAAGAUAUAGCCUAAGAAAAGCAGCAAUAAAAUGUAAUUAUUGUGUUGAAGAGAAACACGUUGUUUUCUGCUGGUGGAUGUUUUCUUUUAAACACAGAUUAGCCAACUGAGAGAAGGAAAGAGGCAGAACAACGAUGAAAUGCAAGGUUGACUUUUGUUUCUUAAGGAAAGCGUUAAAACAUGACAUUCUUUCACUUUCACUUCUUGAUGAAAUUAUUUUUCCAUCUGAGGAAAAGAAUCUAGGAAAAUAAAUCAAAGUGAUGCUGAAUAAAAGGUGCUUUGUGUG